AUGAUUAUGCAGGAUUUUGGUAAAACGAACUUUCAUUUUUAACUCAUGCUUGUUAAUCUUUUGCAGUGUAUAAUGAAUAAAUAACCUGUGGCAUAGGUGCCAAACAUGACACAGGAAGUAGGCAUUUCUGGCACUACUAAGCAGGAGCCUGAGGACGUAAAGGCCUGGCUGUAGCACAGGGGUUGGCUGGCAUUCUUGACAACCUGUUCUAUGUUGCACUGCUGCCAACUUGCUGCUUUAGUAGACCAGAGGCUUGAGGGAUGUGUAUGGAUUGUAACACACACUAGAGUGGUGCUAUCUUUACUUUGAGCUUGCCAAAAGGAUGCCCAAACAAUUAUUGUUUAUAAUACUACUGUAUUUAUUUUUUGAAAUAAUGUAAGCUUCAGUAUUGGAUGGCAAUUGAGAGUUAAUUUUUUGUUUUAAUUAAUCAUAUUCUGUAUACUAGGAGAGCAAUCCUAUAGUAAGUUCCACUGGGAUGAUCCAGCUGAUUUUCAUCCGAGUCAGGAGGUUCCCAACACAGCCAGAGAUACAUUAUUGUAUCUCUCCCAGCUCAGCCAGAACCUAGCUGACUGAGCUGAGCUCAGCGGAUCUUAAGAUUAUUUAUUUACUUAGUUACCAACCUUCUUCAAAAGAUCUCAGCGUGGUUCAUAAGAUAAAAAUACAAGAUAAAAGCAUAACUAGUUAAAACCAAACAACAAACAACAGCUCCCCCUCCCACAAACACAUUUAAAAUGCUGUGCAAAAGGGUAUGACGGAAACAGGCUCAGUGAGCUCUGUGUGUGUGUGUGUGUGUACGUACGUGUGUACUUAGAAUGGACCAGAUAUGGCUAUCAAAAAACUGCCAGCCUAACCUAUCCUCUCCUUCAGAAGACAAUAACAUGAGCUACCUAUGGGGAUCUUUUGAAGCUUAGUAGCUCAGCUAUCAUAACUUCUUAAAACUAUAAUUAAAUGUAUUGGAAGGUAGAGUAGUUUACCAGACUGUAUUUGUAGUAAAAAAUUACGUCUACACCACUUUGUUUGUUACCCAGGUGAGGGACCACCUUUUAAAUAAAACAUGGAACCAAGGAAAUUAAUUUAAGUCCAGCAUCCAGGAGGAACCCAGCUUUUAUUACAGCUAUUGCAAUAGGGCAGAGCUCAACUUAACAUGGUGGUUCUAUCCAGUUAAGAAAAAGGUGUGCUACGAGGAGCAUCAGAACAAGAGUUUUAUAGACACAGCACACAGAGUCAUAAAACAUCAAAAUAUAACAUUGUUAAAUUUUCUACAUGCAUCAAGAAAGGUUACAGGUCACGAGAUGGUAAAUACACAAUACAAAUGCAGCUGAAAUUGCAACUUACACUGGCUUCUUCAGUCUCACUAUUAUUCAACCCCUUCAUGGCAAACGUCUUUAGUACUUAGUAGAGGAGCCUUUUGCUGCUACAGCCUACUGCAAACUAGAUGCAUUGCCAGACAACAGCUUCUGGCAGCGUUCCUGAGCUUCUGCACAUGUGCGAGUGCUGAAACCCAGAAGUAACCCGUUCCGGUACUUUUGGGUUCGGCGCAGUGCGCAACCCGAAAACAUACAACCUAAAGCGUCUGUAACCCGAGGUAUGAUUUGCAAUAUUCUUGGGUUUGUGUGCUGCAACCGCCUUCUUCAAAUCCACCUGAGAUUUUCUAUGGGGUUCAGGUCAGGUGACACUGAUGGCCACUGUAGAAGCUUCCAGGACUACUUCUGCAACCAAACCUUGGUGAAAUUUGAGGUAUGCUUGGGACCAUUGCCCUGUUGGAAGGUCCAGUGACACCCAAACUUCACCUUCCUCACAGACAGCAUGAUGUUUCCUCCUAGGAUUUCCCAAUACUUCAAUGAAUCCAUCCUGCCUUCCACACAUUGCAAACUGCAAGUGGCAGAGGAUGCAAAGCAGCCCCAGAGCAUCACCGAGCCACCACCAUGCUUCACUGUAGGCAGAGUGCUCUUUUCAGCGUGUGCUUCAUUCAUCUUCCUCCAGACUUAGCGCUGAUCCAUGAGGCCAAAAAGUUCCAAUUUUGUUUCAUCGCUCCACAGAACAGAAUCCCAAAACUACUGUGGCUUAUUUAUAUGAUUUUGAGCUUAUUGGAGCCAACUUUUCUUGAGCUUUUGGGUCAGCAGUGGUGAACGCCUUGGAGUUCUGGCAUAGAAAUGUUGGGAAAAUGCCCUGGGGUGCCCCUGCAGCCCCCAAACUCUGAGCGUCCUCCGGUAAUUAUUCUGAUAAAAAAAGAAAGAAAUGGAUCCAGAAAAUCAGUUUUUUCCAAAAGCAUCUGGAUCUGGUCUGUGACCACUCAAUCCAGAACCUUGUCCAGGACAGGGAGAUCAGCAAGUGGCUGGUAGUUAGGUUUUCCAAAUCCAGGGGAAGUUUCAUAAGGAGUGGUUUUACCACUUCCUCCUACAAACAGGCAGGGACCACCCCCUCUCUUAAAGAGGCAUUGAUCACUGGAUACAUCCGUCUCCAAGAGUGGACCUUCCUAAUAGAUCCCCCGCCUCUGUGGGGGGGGGGGGAGAGGUGCUAACUGUUGGGAAAACGCCCUGGAGUGCCCCUGCAGCCCCCAAACUGAGCGUCCUCCGGUAUGCGCAGCUCUGGAAAAGGCAUUCACCUUCUUCAGUGUGCUUCAGCUACAUAUAUCAACUGAUAUAUGCACACUAAUCUUCUGGCAUAACACAGCAAGAAGAACGAGACAUUGUAGAGCUAAUCUGCGUAUUUAUUUACACACUACAUACAGACAAAGGAAUUAUUGCAUCCUUUCUCUCCAGCUCUGAGAGAACAGACAGGUCAAAAGCAAAAGUUCAGUGUAACAGUACACAUAGCGGAAGACAUAAGACUGUCUUCCGUUCUCACACUCUUCCCAGACAGGCAUGUGAAUUAUACCAAUCACAUCUGCAGCAUCGGAGGCAUGAAAUACUAACAAGAAAUAUGCGCCUUACUGUGCUCACUGAAACAUCACUGCCUGCUACCACCAAGUCUUGCUGCAGCUCUUUUGCAGUCACUCAAGUGUUUUUCCCAGCCUGUCUUCUCAGAAAUGUGGUUUCUGCUGCAGUUUGCUUCCUUUUUCUGCCCCAUCCAGGUAGUGUAACCACCGUAACUUUGAACUUGGAAACUCUGCUUCCAAUGGUGUCUUUAGGAACAUUCAGUGCCUUCGCUGUGUUCUUGUAUGCUGCUCCUUGUUUGUGAUGGGUGAUGUUCUCUUGAACCAUUCUCUUGACUUAGCCAUAUUUCAAACAUGCAUCCACAUUUGACACUCUGCAACCCCCUAGCCGGCUCAGGUAUUUCAUGUGUUGCCCCUCAAGUACACCUGGUGCAACUAAUGAAGCCCUUGAUUCAUUGCAUCAGGUGUGCUUGAGACAACACCUGUUGUAUUUGUGCUGUUGUGAAGGUUUCUAUUCAGGGGGUUGAAUAAUAGCAAGACUAGAGAAGCCAGUAUAAGUUGCAAUUUCAGCUGCAUUUCGGGAAACCACUUGAAGCAUCUGUUGUGUGGAGCUAUUUCAAUUGCUUUUGUUUGAUUCGCUCACUGCAAACAGCUGGAAGUCUGUAAAUUUUGAUGAUAAACAUGAUUUGCCAUGGGGAUUGAAUUGCAACUGUAUGUAUACUGCCAUCUGCUCCACCGCAAUUACCUUUGGGUGUUCCAAGUGCCCAGACCAUUUGGGCCUCAAAUGUUACAUUUCUAUCACGGUUACCCUGGCAACUAGGCCUUUGGCAGGGCUGUUGACAUUCCUUUCUCUAUCUCACUUUCCUUGCCUCACCUAUCUCCCAGGAAGCUUCAAUGAUAUGUUUGGAUUUACACUCCAAUGUUAAUUAGAACAACAUCCUUAAUGAUCGUUUGUGCCACUUUCAGGGUUAGAUGGGGUUUCUUGUUUAUGGCCUCGAGCACAGGGGUUAUAAAACGUUAUAAAAUGUAGGUGCACAGGAGCCAUAUAUAAAAACUAUUCAGUGAUGUGUUCUAUCUUUCUGAACUUUAAAUGUCAUUAAUAUUUGAAACAAUUAAAUCAAAAUAUACACCCUGGGUCUCUGAUUCUUAUGUCAUAUUCGUAGGAUGUAUUUCGUAGAUGCUAAUUGUUAUGCUACAGCAAUGCAACUAUUAAUGCUUUAUCUCAUUCACAAUUGUUUCAUAGUGGCUGGAAUGACUGGUACUGCUCACAUUGAUGGAGAUCAUAUUGUUGUGUCAGUUCCUGAAGCUGUACUAGUUUCCAAUUUUGUCACAGAUGGGAUCACCCUUGAUCAUGGCUUAGCCACUGAAGUUGUCCAAGGACCUGAUAUCAUAACCGAAACUGAUGUUACAGAAGGGGUGAUAGUUCCUGAAUCUGUAUUGGAAGCUGAUGUAUCUAUUGAAGAAGCACUAGAUACCCGUGAUCAUGUUUUGACUUCAGAUAUAGUAGCAGAAACUGUUGGCGUUCCUGAUGAGGUUUUUGUGGCUGAUCUUGUUACGAGUCCUGAUGGACAUUUGGAACAUGUGGUACAAGAUUCUGUGUCAGGAUCUGACUCUCCCACAAUGGUUUCAGAAGAGGUUCUUGUAACCAAUUCAGAUACAGAAACUGUGAUUCAAACAUCUGGCACUAUUCCUGGUUCUACAGUUACUAUAAAGACUGAAGAUGAGGAUGAUGGCAAGAGCACAUCAGAAGACUACUUAAUGAUAUCUUGUAAGUUAAGUAAAGGUUUAUACAAUAUUUGACUAAUCAGACUAGAAAUGAUCCAAUGAUGAGAGGCUAUGAAAUAUAAUUGGUUGUGAGUAUGAUGUAUUUUCCCAGUAAAAUUUUGGCAGAAACAGUGUUAUGCCAGUCGAAUAGUCAAUACAGCUUAAAUGUGGUUUGUAGUAAGUAAGUUAGUGUACAUAAAUCCACUCAUAUCCCCUCACUUAUGGAAGACUGUUGGAUCUAGCACAGGCUUCCAUGGCCCAGAAUGGAAGUGAAGGGAUUUCUGCAAAUUUUCCUUUCUCUGACAGUCACACACACUACAUACCUCACUAUUCCAAAGGGUUCCCCAACUCUUUUGAGCUGAUUUUGGAGGGCUUGUAGGAGAUUGCAGAGGAAAGAGUUGAGUUGGCUUCCUUCUGUCUUGGGAGACAAUGGAGGAGUCUGAAAAAAAUGACACUGCCCUACUUUCCACUAAAACACCUGCUAAAUCGAAGAGCCUUCUGUCACACGUGGCUCUAAUACAACCCAUAUAAUGAGAUUUUGUUUUCACAGUUAGAGGUCCAUGGGAAUGAUGCAUCAGUCUAGAGUAUAUACAUUCUGGGACCCAUGGGAGCAGGACUUAAUGGAAAACGUUAUGAAAGAAUCUCAAGAACACAUAUGACAUAGCAGAUUUGAUUAUUCCUAGAGCUCUUUAGCACACAUUUCCAAAUGGAGUACGUUACUCUACAUUUUUAAAGGUUUUUUUCUUUUUUAAAAAUCUAGAUUUUAUAAUGACCUGUUUCAGGAAAUUAAUGGCAAUACAUAAAUUGAAGCUCAGAUACUCAAUAAAAACAGCAGAUUCUUAUGGGACCUUAAAGACUAUCAAAGUUACUGUGACAUGAGCUUUUGUGAAAUACCAUUUAUUUUAUCAGAUAUAGGAAGUGUUAUCAACUGCAUGUGUGUUUUUCUGUGUGUAUAUAUAUAUUUACACACACACUGUUGGGUUGGGGGCACGUGUGUGUCGUGGGUGAAAGUGAGUGUGUGUGUGUGAGAGAGAGGUAUGUGUUUGUUUUAUACAUACACAUACUAUCUGACUGCAACUCAGGAUAACACUUCAAACAUCUGAUGAAGUGGACUGUAGUCCUGAAAAGCUUAUACCAUAAGAAAUUUGUCCUUAAGGUGCCGUUGAUUUUGCUGUAAGAGAUGUGACACAAAUAACAUAAAACAUCUUUUGUUUUUGUUUUUCAGGUUUGUGAUGUUCAAACACCCACAGUGGAUUGCUAGCUCUUGAUCCUUAUGAUGGCACUGCAUGUACAUUACUGAUGAUCCUUCUUUCUUUUCUUCUUUGGCUAUCACUCGUAACCGAGUAAGAUUGUGUUCCAUAAACACAGUUUUAACAAUGAGUCCGUAAGUGGCUGUGGAGGCCAUUUCUGGAUCCACACGUCCUUCCACAGUGGGGACAUUGGUUUCCGGGUGGGAGUUGAUCACGGUGUGGGUUUGCCAAGCGUUCCUUCCUCUUAGCAUGUUUCUCCCUUGCGUCCUGAGUUCGACUGUCUUCAAAGCCCCUGACACCUUUGGUAAAGGCUGUUCUCCAACUGGAGCGCUCGCAGGGCAGUGUUUCCCAGUUGUCAGUGUUUAUACUACAUUUUUUUUAGAUUUGUCUUGAGACAUUCUUUAAAUCUCUUUUGUUGACCACCAGCAUUAAGCUUUCCAUUUUUAAGUUCGGAAUAGUGUAGUUGCUUUGGAAGACGAUCAUCAGGCAUCUGCACAUGACCAGUCCAACGAAGUUGAUCUUUGCUUCUUCCAGUACCCUGGUAUUAGUUCGCCUGUCUUCCCAAGUGAUGUGUGAAAUUUUUUGGAGACACUGUUGAUGGAAUAUUUCGAGGAGUUGGAGAUGGCGUUUAUAAGUGGUCCAUGUUUCACAAGCAUAUAGUAAGGUUGGCAGUACAAUAGCUUUGUAAAAAAGCAUUUUGGUUUCCCUGCGAAUGUCCUGAUCCUCAAACAUUGCAAACAUUGCACUUCAGUCGGGAGAAAGCUGCACUCGCAGAACUCAGGCAAUGCUGGAUUUCAGCAUCAGUGUUGGCCCUUGUGGAAAGAUAACUGCCUAGGUAGGAGAAGUGAUGGACAUUUUCCAAGGUUACACCAUUGAGUUGGAUUUGUGGUGCUGCAGAGGGGUUAUUUUGUACUUGUUGGUGCAGCACUUUGGUUUUUUGGAUGUUGAGUGAUAGGCCAAGCCUUUCGUAAGCUUCUGGAAAGAUGUUUAGGAUGGUUUGGAGGUCAUCCUCUGAGCGUGCGCACACUACGUUGUCAUCAGCAUACUGAAGCUCUAUGACGGAAGUUAAAGUAACUUUACUCUUUGAUGAUCCUAUACUACCCACUACAGAACCACACUGGAGCUGUCUUUUAGGGGUAAGGUAAUAUUCCAUUAUGCUUAUUACAAUAUAAGCAAUAUAUUGGGCAACUUUUUCUUGGUGCUAUUCCAUUUCCCCUAGCAAGUCUGCCUUAAUUGUAGUAGAAUUCCACCACCCCAGUGAUAUCAUUAUGACAGUCUUGAAAGGUAGUGGAGUUUGUAACUAGCAAUGUGUAGAACAACAUUGUUGCUCCUGCUGCAGAUCACAUUUUCAGAAAUUAUUCUGAGACUCAUAAUAUGCUAUCCACAUCUGGCAUGUUGGCCAGAAGUUACCUAGCCUGUAAAAUGGCAUUGCUUAUUUUGCAAAUGUUAUGAAUUCAUUCCUUUAUUGUUUCCUAUGAGAUAGAUACUAGGGAAGGGGUUUUCCCCCAAAAAGAAAUAGCACAGCUGUAGAACUAUAGCACAUAUCUCAAGGGCUUCUAGGAUGGGUGUGAUAUCACCAGCAUAGUACAUGCUAAGACAUCACAUAAACUGGGAGCUGGCAAUCUACAGUGAAUCUGAACAUCUCACACCUGGAAACAGCCAAGAAAGGUAAGUUAGAGGUGGCAAAUAGUAUUUUUCUUGAUCUUUGGCAAACAGGCAUUUCUGCAGCAUUUAUCUUCUAAAUAAUCUCCACAAUUCAUAGAAUUGUAUAGUUGGAAAAGACCCCGAGGGUCAUCUAGUCCAAACUCUAAUGCAGGAAUCUCUGCUAGAUCAUACAUGACAGAUGGCCAUCCAACCUCUGCUUUAAAAACUGGAAGGAAGGAGAGUCCACCACCUCACAAGGGGGUCUGUUCCACUGUUGAGCAACUCUUACUGUCAGAAAGUCAGAACCUCCUUUCUUGUAACUUGAAUCGAUUGGUUCGGGUCCUUGCCUCUGGAGCAGUGCCAUCCUCCAUGUAACAGCCCUUGAGAUAUUUGAAGAUGGCUAUCGGAUCUCACCUCUGUCUCCUAUUUACCAGACUAAAUAUACCUAACUCCUUUAACCGUUCUUCAUAAGGCUUGGCUUCCAGACCCUUUAUCAUCUUGGUUGCCCUCCUCUGCACACAUUCCAGAUGGUCAAUACCCUCCUUAAAUUGUGAUGCCCAGAACUGGACACAGUAUUACAGGUGUGGUCUGACCAAGGCAAAAUAGAGUGGUACUAUUACUUCCCUUGAUUGGGAUACUACAGUGGUACUUCGGGUUAAGAACUUAAUUCGUUCCGGAGGUUGGUUCUUAACCUGAAACUGUUCUUAACCUGAAGCACCACUUUAGCUAAUGGGGCCUCCCGAUGCCACUGCGCCGCCACUGCAUGAUUUCUGUUCUCAUCCUGAAGCAAAGUUCUUAACCCGAGGUACUAUUUCUGGGUUAGCGGAGUCUGUAACCUGAAGCGUCUGUAACCUGAAGCAUCUGUAACCCUAGGUACCACUGUAUACUUCUUUGUGCUGAGCGCAACAAUAUGAUAUUGAUAAUUUGCAUUAGCAGUAAUUUGCUCAGUUUUUUCUCUGGGCUUACUGUGUGGACCAGACCAGAAAGUAAUAGGCCCACAACUAUCGAAAAUCAGGUAAAAUUUCUAGAUAUUCUAAAUGACUCUGUCUAGAAGAGUUGGUGUUGGAAUGAACUUGGGGGGGGGGCAAACCUGCACUUAAUCUUGAAUGGUGCCCAGGAUGUAAGUAUUAUUGAGCCAGUUUGGAGCAGUGGCCAUAGUGCUAUUAAAUUAAAUAAGCAUGCAAAUGGCCAGUUGCCAAAAAAAUCCAACAUGCUCACAUUUGAUUUCAAAAGAGGAUACUUCCAUUAAAUGAGGAGACUGGUAAAAAGGAAGCUGAAAGCCAAAGUCAGCAGUCAAAUCACUCCAAAACGCUUGUGAGUUGUUGAAAAAUACACUAUUAGAAACUCAAUUGGCAUGUAUAGGGCAGUUGAGGCAAGGUACCAUGAGGGCCCAGGAGACACCAGCAUGGUUAAUGAGCAGUCAAAGAAGCAAUUAGAGGAAAGGCAGCUUCCUUCCUUUGGGUCAUUAGUGGUGUAUGCCUUGGAGUUCUGGCAUGGAAACCAGUGUUAGAAACAUAUGAAAUCACUUCCAGUCUGCUGCGAAGGAUAUGGAACUUUCACAAACCAUCAUCAUUUGAGACCUUGCAAGUACAUAAGUACAAUUUAAAGAACAAUGUUUCUUCUACUCCUUUUCUCUAAAAGACAAUAACAGGAAAUUGGACUGGCCUAACAUAUUUAUACCACUUCACUUUCUCUGCCUUUUGGAAUAUUAAUGAACUAUUUCUCUCUUUCACUGCACAAUAUUGUAUUUGUAUAUUUUAUAUUUCUUGAUCUAAUGGAAAUUUGGGGUUUGUUUUUUUACAUUUCCCUUUUGCUUUGGUGAUAAAAGUAUUUGUUACAGUGUGGUGGGGAGGGAGAAAGCAGACAAAAGGGAAAGGGAAACCAAGAGAGAUCGGGGGGGGGGGGGUCAGUCUCAAGGCUGAAUAGACUCAGAGCCUGCAGGUGUGACCUUGAUCAAUUCACACAAUACUGGGAACCAACAGAUAAGAAAUGUCUGGAACAGAUAGAGUAACAACAAGGAAAGCGACUGCUUCCGCUGCUGCGGCAGCUACUAGAUGGACCGGCGUACAGCUUGGUGACAAUGGGGAUAAGGGAGAGAAAGAACAGACAGAUCUUUUUGCAUUGUCAGUGUGGUGUAGUGGUUAAGAGUGGUAGACUCAUAAUCUGGGGAACCAGGUUCGUGUCUCCGCUCCACCACAUGCAGCUGCUGGGUGACCUUGGGCUAGUCACACUUCUUUGAAGUCUCUCAGCCCCACUCACCUCACAGAGUGUUUGUUGUGGGGGAGGAAGGGAAAGGAGAAUGCUAGCUGCUUUGAGACUCCUUCGGGUAGUGAUAAAGCGGGAUAUCAAAUCCAAACUCCUCCUCCUCCUCCUUGUAGCUUUACUGUGAAUCUGACAUGUACUAAUAUAUUUUCACUAAAGACUUGCUGUAAAAGGGAAAAAAAGUGUUGUUGUGUUGAUGUAAUCCUUUCAGUAAAAUUGGUCACUAGAAUAAUUUGUUGACCCAUCUAGUUGGGAUGUACUUAAGGUAUGGUAAAAAGGUAAAGGGACCCUUGACCAUUUGGUCCAGUCGCGGACGACUCUGAGGUUGCGGCACUCACCUCGUUUUAUUGGCCGAGGGAGCUGGUGUACAGCUUCCGGGUCAUGUGGCCAGCAUCACCCUUUGGUUACAUCAGACUAAAUCCAUGCAACUAUUUCACAUUUUAAAGCAGUAUAUAGGGAAAAUAAAUUUUAGCACCACUACCUACUGUAUGAACUCUAGACAGCAAGUACAGUGGUACCUCGGGUUACAGACGCUUCAGGUUACAUACGCUUCAGAUUACAGACUCCGCUAAACCAGAAAUACUACCUCGGGUUAAGAACUUUGCUUCAGGAUGAGAACAGAAAUCGUGCGGUGGUGGCGCGGAGGAGGCCCCAUUAGCUAAAGUGGUGCUUCAGGUUAAGAACAGAAUGAAUUAAGUUCUUAACCCGAGGUACCACUGUAGUGUCUAAACUACACCUUACAGUUCCACAUUUAAAAAUUACUAAUAUAGAUUGGAUUAGGGCUGGGUGAUGUCAGCUUUUCAACAUCGCAAUGUAUCACCAGCCAAACAUUUGCGAUAUGACUAUACAUUGCAAUGUUGAAAAGGAAGGGAUGCAACAGACACACACAGCAAACUAGGAAAGGGGAAGGACAAGCACUGUUUCCCUGGUUUGCAUCACUCGCUAACCUCCCCAGUGCCACAGUCCCUUCCCCUCAGGGCAGCCUAUUUCCUGAGGAACAGAUUUCUCCUCUGGGCUCCAGUGUGUUCCUGCUCAAAUUCACCGCUCCUUCACCACCUGCCUGAUUCUCUGGACGCCUUCAUCCAUCAACCCCCCCAAUUACCAUUCCUUCACCCUGCCUGAUGCUCCACGAUCCUCCACCCACCCACCACCACCCCAAUUUCAAGCAUCCUUCACCUAUCCACCCAAUCUCAAGCCCAGGCCAGGGGCUCUUGUUCCUCCUGCCGGACACUGAGGGCGGAGGGACUUGGGAGCAAUGGUGGUUUCACUCGUGGUAUACCGCCUGGUGAAGCCUCCACCGUGCUCUGGCCCUCAUAUCGCCCAGGCCUAGAUUUGAUAUUAAACUACAUUCUAGAAGUUGCAAUUACUAUAUUCAAUUAAAAUACCCUAUGCAUUGCACACAUUUUGUCACUGGAUUCAAACUUGUCUGUUCAAGUUUUAAUUUUGUGUAGUAUACACCUCGUGAGUCGGGGAUGAUGAUUUUAGGAUACUAGUUCAUUAUUAUAUCACGUAAUUUAAAACUGCUGCCUUUCAGACUGGAGACUGAACAAUUUUUAACAUGAGUUAUUUAUAUAUAUAAAAAGGUAAGAUAUGCUUCAUGCACUUUUAUGUGCUACAAUAAUACUGUUACAAAUAUUUUACCUGAGGGUACUAUUUUUAUGAUCAAAUAUCUUUCCUGGGGUUCCUCUUCCUCACCCGUGCAGUUAUGUUAAAACAAACACUACUAUGAUAGAGUACAGUUAGAUAGGAUAAGUGGGCAAGAAAUGGUGGAGAAUAUAAUUACACUUGACCAUUGAAAUACUUGAGUUACUGUCAUCAACUCAGAGACUUAACAUCUCAUCUCAUGCAAUGCUUGUGCACUGAAGCUUACACAGGCUGGGUGCAGUAGAACAGAUACAGGUAGAUCUCUUACUUGAGGGUUAUAUUCCUGGCUUAUCACACAUCUAAGCAAAAUUGUGCAAAACCAGAACAACCCCUGGAACGGCCCUGCACAACCAUCUCUACCUUUCUAAAGACUUUCUAAAGUGCUGAGUGGGCAUUGCUCCCCAUGCAAGCUGGGGCUCUGGGCAGGUCACAUGAGUCCUCUAGAAGGCUCUGCAACACUUCUGCAAGAUCUCACAGGGUAGUCUGAGAUAUCUCAGGACUUUCCAAGAGCCUAGAAAGCAAGAUGGGGGAAGGGUUACUUAAAAAGCUCUUUCCGUGGUGGAAAAACAUGGUGUUGGAAAAAGCUGCUUAAGCCCACUGUCUUGCUUACCAGGCUCUGGGAAGCUCACAUGAGGGCUCCUGUGAGUUAUCAGAUGGCCAUUCUGGGUGGGACGGGGUUCCUGGUCUCUCACCCCUUUUAUUUAUUUAAUUUUCUGGUAUCUGCAUAAAGUUGCGAUCAUAUCGAAUCCAGUGACAAAAUCAGCUUAAUAUGAGCUCUAUGUGUGUGUGCAUGAAUUCAACAACCUGAUUCACAAGUCAUGGUAAACCAAACUAUGGCUUACUAGGCCCGUGUAAAUAUGUUAGUUUUUAGAGAGGAGUGUGAGGUUUGGUGCUUACAGGGUUAACAUCUCUGUGUGUCCUGCAUCUGGGGAGGAGCCUUCCCAACAUCCGGGAAAGCUGAGUUCUUCGUCUGUGAGGUACUUUCACUUUUCUGCGGAGAGAGGCAGAGACAUCAUGUCUGCUGUUUCUGAUGGAGUGUUUGUUAUUUUAUCUGUCUGAUGUAAAUAAAUCUGUCUAGUUUAGAAGAACUACAGCGUGUGGACUGUCUCUUCACUCACACGUCAAGCACUCGCUGUGCCCGCUCUGCUACAAGUCCGGGAAUUCUGUUGCUGUGGAAACGUACUGGACCGGUCAGGUUAUGGCAAGUUGCCAGCCACGUUUGUGCUGAGUGUGAGGAAGAGAAGAAGUGAAGUCCAGCUCUGAGAUCCUGUCUGCUGCUGUGAAGGGGCAGAGGCAGUCCUGAUAAGAAGUGAAGUCCAGCUCUGAGAUCUUGUUUGCUGCUGUGAAGGGGCAGAGGCAGUCCUGCUCUUGCUGGUGAAAGCAGGAGCCUGCUGGAGGAGGCAUCUUUGAAGCAACCGGCUGGCAGAAAGCGUGAGUAAGCUUAUAGCCCCAGGAAGAUGACUCAGGCUCAGGAGGCUUUCACCGUCCCUUUUGAGAGAUUGAAUGGGCGCAAUUGGGAAGACUGGUUGAGGAGAAUUAAGUACUGGCUUUUGGGCAAACAGCUUUGGGAUUGCAUGCAAACCCCACCGAUCCAGGCUGCUGCUGGAGCUGCUGGAGUGAAGCAGACGUGGCAGCUGCUCUGAAGAGGGAUCAGAGUGUGCUGAGCAUGCUGAGGCUUAGCGUGGACGAUUUGCUGUUGCCCCACCUUGAGGGUCUCAAGAUGGCCCAGGCCACUUGGCAGGCACUGGAAAGGGUUUGUGAAACCACAAUGGAAGCCAAGGGCCGUGAGGGAGUCGAGGGCCAUGUGGGAGCUAAGGGCCACGUUCCUGGAAGCUGUUUCUAUGCUUCGGCGCAUCUUUGUGAUGAACAGGAGAAGAGACAGAAAGGUGGGGGGCGAGCAGGCGCUGGCUGUUCCUCUAGAAGCUGUGCACCGAGGAGUGGAGGUGCAGGGAAAAGCAAUGAGGAAUCUGUGAAAGUGUUUGCUUUGAGACGCUGCUACAGAUGUGGGUCCCCCUCCCAUCUCGUGAGAGGCUGCCCGGUAGAGACUCAGGAAUGCAAGGUCAAGCAGAUUAGCUCAGCGCAAAGAUGUGGGAAAAUGCACAAAAGUUCCAAAGGAACUGCGAGCAAGUACAAGUCUUUGCAGUAUCAUCUGGCAGCUUCCAUGGCAACAGUCAAGAGCUGUAAACAGGACGCUGUGCUGACCUUCGUGAUUGACAGUGGAGCAUGCCAUCUGGUGGGCUUCUGCGGGAUUGUAAGGCUGUUAAAAAUGGAAGAACUGUCAAGUUGGCAGAUGGAAGUCGACGUGCUCUGAUGAUGUCUGGCUCACUGUACUGUCCUUUCUUGCAGACAAGAUUCAGGCCUUUGUAGUUCCAGAAAUGUCCAGCUGUCUUCUAUCCGUCACUGCCCUCGUUGCCGACAGUUUCAGCGUUCGUUUUGAGAAUAGCGUGUUCUUUUUCCAGGGGUGGGCAUCAACUGUUCAGUGUUGAAUGCAAAAACAGGCUGUUUGUGGUAGAAAUGCCUGUUGCAGGUAACAGUCCCACUGAGUCAACACAUGUGCAGUGUGCCAAUGUUCCAACACAUGAUGGCUGUCAACAUUUGUGGCAUCGACGUAUGGCACAUGUGAAUUGGGGUUACGUUAAGAAGGCCCCAGGGUGCACUGAGGGGUGCAAAAUAAAGGCAUGUGAUAAGUUUUUAGAUUGCAGAGCUUGUAAGCAAUCCAAGGUAAAAACGUGCUCAUACCCCUGGUCUAGUAGGGUGACAACCAGGCCUUUUGAGCUGGUGCGUGCAGACUUGUGUGGCCCUAUGCCAGUAGCCAGUCUGGCACUGGGGAUGGUCUAGCUGGCCCUAGUGGGUCAGAAGGGGUACCGGAGCUCACACUAAGAUGGUCAACCCGGGCCAUGAAAGGUAAACCACCUGACAGGUUUGAGGCCACAAGUGUAUGUGUUGGGGUGGCUCAGUGUGAACGUGAAAGUUUUGAGGAUGUUCAGAAACUGCCUCAGGAAGAAGCCAGCAAAUGGCAAGAGGCGAUGCAGAAGGAGAUGAGCUCAAUGGAGUUUCUAGGUGUGUUCUCCCUCACAACAUUGUUGGCUGGCAAACAGGCUGUGAGCAGCAGGUGGGUUUAUUGCCUUAAACCCACGGAAACUGGAAAACCACAGUACAAGGCUAGGUUAGUAGCCAGAGGGUUCACGCAGCGGAAGGGGCUGCAUUACACUGAGGUGUAUGCUCCUACUUCCAGAAGUGAAACUCUGCACACGCUCUUAGCCAUUGCUGCACAAAGAGGUUUGCAGGUGCAUUACUUUGAUGUGGAUGUAGCCUACUUGAACUCAGACCUCCAGGAGGAGUUGUACAUGCUUCCUCCUCCAGGGUUUGAGGGCAAGGGGCAAGGCAUUGUGUGGAGAUUGCACAAAUCGAUUUACAGUUUAAAACAAUUGGCCAGGAAUUUGUCUGAAUGAAGCCUUAGAGAAGCUAGGUUUCAAGAGGAGUCUUUCUGACAGCUGCCUGCAGCUUAAAGGGUCAGGAGAGUCACAGGAAAUUGUUUUAGUCUUUGUUGAUGAUAUAGUCCAUGUCUCAAAGACAAAUAGACAGGUAGAGAAGUUUGCCAAAGAGCUUGGUAAACGUUUUAAACUUAAGAACCUGGGUGCAGUAAAGAUCUACCUGGGCGUGGAGAUUUUUAGAACUGAAGAUGGAAGUUACUUGCUCAGUCAGAGAAGCAAGAUUGAGCAGUUGCUUGAGAAGUUCAGGAUGUCUGAAUGUGCAGGGGUCAGGACACCCAUGGAGACAAGCUACGUGAAAGACAGUCAGCAAGUGGAACGCACUGAGUUUGAAAAUGCUGACCUCUUUCAGUCAGGCCUGGGUAGUCUGUUGUAUCUGUCCCAGUGGAGCAGACCUGACAUAGCUUUUGCUACCAAUCUGCUCAGCCGGGAAGCUACAAACCCAAGCCUAGAAUGGUGUCAAGCGGGUGCUGAAGAUACCAAAGACUUCUGUCUCAAGCUGUCAGCCAAAGGUGAUGUCAAGUUGACGUCCUGGGCAGACAGCGAUUGGGCGAAUCUGGAGGACAGGAAGUCUGUUUCUGGUAUGGUGGUGAAGUUUGGGGACUCUUUGGUUGGGUGGAAGUCCCAAAAGCAAAGUCUCAUAGCACUCUCCUCUACUGAGGCUGAGUUCAGCGCGCUGUCUGAGAUUUGCAGGGAAUUGGAGUUCUAUGUGUGCUUGGUUCAAGAGAUCUGCGGAGAGUGUUGCUUGCCUGUCACGGUUUGGGAGGACAAUCAACCCUGUCUGAAGUUGGCAGAGUCUGGGCAGUUUAAGGCCAGAACCAAACACCUAGACAUCCGUUUCCAGAAUGUGUGUCAGAGUGUUCAGUUGGGGUUAGUGGAACUGAAGUACUGUCCCAGUUCGAAGAACCUGGCAGAUGGGUUCACGAAACCGCUGACCUUCCAGCGUCAUGGGGAGUUCUGUGAAGGUCUAUGUUUAGAGGUAAGUGGUCACACUUACAUUCCCCCAGUGCAGGACAAGAGGGGGUGUGAGUUUUGGUGUUUACAAGGUUAACAUCUCUGUGUGUCCUGCAUCUGGGGAGGAGCCUUCCCAACAUCCGGGAAAGCUGAGUUCUUUGUCUGUGAGGUACUUUCACUUUUCUGCGGAGAGAGGCAGAGACAGCAUGUCUGGAGUGUUUGUUAUUUUAUCUGUCUGAUGUAAAUAAAGCUGUCUAGUUUAGAAGAACUACAGCGUGUGGACUGUCUCUUCACUCACACAUCAAGCACUCGCUGUGCCCGCUCUGCUACAAGUCCGGGAAUUCUGUUGCUGUGGAAACGUACCGGACCGGUCAAGGAGUUUGCACCUACUUUGCCCCUCCUUGGUCUUUUCAGUACAGAGCAGCAUCUAAACCAGUGUUUGGCUUAGCAUGUCAUCUGAACCCAGGAUCAUGGUUAAGAUUACAGAUUGUAGUUAAAGAGGAGAGACCUUCACCUCUCUGGUUCAGAAAACAUGCUAAGUCAUUGGUCACCAGCCUUUUGGUCUGGGGGCUCAAAUUUGGAAUUUUAAGGACACAAGUCAGAAAAUGGCUGCCGCUUCCAAAAGAGCAGGAAAAUCAAAGAGACAUGAACAUAAAAUGGUUCAAACAUAAAAAAAAUCUGUUACAUUUUAUGUUGUUGUUAGCAAAUAAUGUUUAAAAGCUUUCAUUUGCAAACGCUGUUACGUUUUGGCUGUUAACGUUGUUUGUUGCUGGUGUGCUGUUGUAGAUUAGAGCUAGAAAAUAAAAGAUAACUGAAUCCAAGCAUGAUUUUAUAUUACUGCAGGCAGUCAUACACCUGCAUCGUCACAAAUAAAAAGACAUACCGUAUUUUUCGCUCUAUAAGACACACCAGACCACAAGACGCACCUAGUUUUUGGAGGAGGAAAACAAGAAAAAAAAUAUUCUGAAUCUCAGAAGCCAGAACAGUUCUGGCUUCUGUGCUAGCUGCGCAGCCUGCAUUCAUUCCAUAAGACGCACACACAUUUCCCCUUACUUUUUAGGAGGGAAAAAGUGAGUCUUAUAGAGCAAAAAAUACGGUACUUAAUGCUGACUGGCAAGUUGUUGGUCUUUUACUAGUUUCAUAGAGUAGAAAAUAAUGUAAAUUCUUUUCCACCAAACAGAUCAGUGGCUCCUGGUAGAUGCCGCUUGUGUGGUGAGAAACCUAUCUUCGAGGCGAGCCGUGGCAGGUGGUUUGGGGGAGGCUGGCGGCUCCACAGUGCCAUGCCAUGUGAUGCCUUGGCUGAUGUGCUCCGGUCGGCCAGCCUUGCCAGAAAGAGGCAGCUGCUGUGCACGGUGAUGCUAAUUGUAUGCAUGGCUGGCAGCUGCCUUCUUCCUACCUGCCAGUGUGGUGUAGUGGUUAAGAGCGGUAGACUCGUAAUCUGGUGAACCGGGUUCGUGUCUCCGCUCCUCCACAUGCAGCUGCUGGGUGACCUUGGGCUAGUCACACUUCUUUGAAGUCUCUCAGCCCCACUCACCUCACAGAGUGUUUGUUGUGGGGGAGGAAGGGAAAGGAGAAUGCUAGCUGCUUUGAGACUUCUUUGGGUAGUGAUAAAGCAGGAUGUCAAAUCCAAACUCUUCUUCUUCUUUCUUUUCUCUUUGCUGAGCUGGUAAUAUACUGCCAUAUCAGAAAGCUUAGCUGGCAAUGUAUUGCAAUGUUGGAAAGCAGGUAUUGGUCAGCCCUACUGUAGAGCAUGCAACGAAAACAACAAAGGGUUGCUAUAGCCAGCACACACCUGCGUUCUGUUAAAGUUAUAAGUUUAAUAUGCAUGAAAUAUCUGUAUAUGCUGAAUUUCAAACUUAUGUAAAGGUUUGUAUUUGCAAGGCAGAUAAGUUUACAUUAAGCAAGACGUUUCACUCUAGGUGAAAGCAGAAGGCUGUUUUUUUUCCAUUUCACAGGCUUAGGCUACUUGUUGACUCAUUGCUGGCAAUCUGAGCUGCAGAUCUCUCAAAGUAGGAGAGGAAACUUGAAAAGUCAGUGAUGGCUAGCAGUAGCAGUGGCAGAUGAAGCUAAGCUCUGCAAUGAUGAACAAGCUUAGGAACUCUCUCUGGGACCAAAGAGGAACAUUUACUGAACUGCAUAAAGAACAGAACCUCAUAACUUGAGAGCAAUAUGUUCCUUUGUUCCGUUGUAACAGUUAUCUUUUGUAGCUAGUAUUUAAGACUGUUCUGCAGUAAAGCUUUGAAACUUAUUAUUGGGGUGGAAAGCUCUUCCAAGCAGUUCUCUUUCAAGCAGCUGCUUGCUCCAUGUGUCAGCAGGUGGCAAAACAAACAGGAUCUUGCAUUUCUCUCCCCCCCCCCCCCAUUUUCAUAAAGUUUUUCAAGAUGUGGCUUACUGUUUGUUCCACAUGGCCAGCAGGCUGUGAUUCCAGCACUUCUUCCUCUACCCCAACAUACGUAUUUUUAUAAAGUAUGUCAAGUAGCUGCCUGCGUACUGCUCUAUGUGGCUGGCAGGCAGUAAAGCAAAACAAAUAGAACAGCAAAUGGAUGGAUCUAAGGACUAGGAAAUAAGACACAAACAGGAAAGGUACACUAAAGGAGAAGGGGAAACAGCAGCUCUUUAGAACACCAAGGAUUCCUGUUGCCUGGUGUCCAAACAACUCACUUAACACUCAAAUCUUUGACUUACCUCAUUGGCUAAAGCCACUAACAGGCAAGAGCAGUUGGCUCAUUUCACAGAAAUUGCUUCAAAGAGAACUUACACAUUUUGCUUCAUAACUUUUUUUCUAGAAGGGCUAAAUACAUUUUUUAAAAUGCAAGCUCAUCAUCUGGGGUUUCUGUCCAACUUAGUUGCUGUACUGUAUUGUGCUAAAAGGACUGGGGAAGAGCAAAGUGGGUGCAUUCUCUUCUGACUGGGAGUCAUUACGUUUGUACUGUGGAAUGUAAUGGCGUCCGGCACACUUCCCUGUGCCAAAUGUGAGCCUUAAGCUUUCUUCCUGGCUCCAAGCAGAGUUUCGCAGCAGCGGUUAGUGCCUUGUGUGGGUGAUAAAUCAAAGUAUGUACGCAGGCUUCUUGCUAUCUAAGAAGUCUUUAUUAUCGUACAGAAAAACAUCAUAAAUCAACCCGGAGAUCAAGCGGACAUCUCAUUGGCUCGACAGCUAAAAACGAAAGUAAAACACACACAAAGAAAGAUUCACGUAUGUGAAUAAAACCACGCCUCAGAAUGUGAGACGUCACACAGAACUGUUUAACCCUGUAAGUUCUGAUUCUCCUCACAUGUACAGCCUGGGUAUGCUAUAGUUUGGCUUACUGUAAUAUGAGAACCCAGGCCUAUAUGUAUGUUAGCUGUCAGGAGCCCAGGCUGCCAUCUUGAUAACACAGCAUAUGCAAGUCAUAAUUAGCUUGAAGAUUUAUUGCAAAGCAAACAAUUAGCCUCUGAUGCUCUAGCCAAGCGUCCGUGUCUUACGAUUCAGUUGACCCUUCUGACCUGCUUCUGCAGAAUAUCCUGAAUGAUGACCCUUACAUUUCUGGGUUUGCUUUCUGUCUAAUACCUUCCCCAAUCGUCUACUCCUUGGACUCAUGGGGUUAACUACCUCCUCUUCAGUUAGGAAAUGCUCCCCCUCCUGCCUUCGAGCCUGCCUGUGCUUCUUGAUAGAGUUGGCUUCUCUCCAACCCACCCUCUGUUGAUGGCUUAUCUGCAUUCCUUUCAUUGUCAAGAAGGGGGGGGGGAGAAGUUGACAGCCAACUGCUUCCAGCUGUCUGAGAGAAAUGCAAGCCUCUUUGUUGCUGACUGCAUCCUAACUCAUGCUGUACUUCUCUACUUUGGGCAGACGUGUUCAUGACAUUAGCAUUUCUGUUUCUUAUCUUAAACAAGAUAAAUGAAAAGUAUAAAAAGCAAAUCAAAUCUUGUAUGGUACUUCCUGUUAACUUGGUUACAUUUCUUUAUUAGUGACAUAUCAAAAUGAUGUAUGAAUAGCCUCUGUUAUCACUAUAUAAGAAUAAGUUAAGUUUUUGUAAUUUUGUUUUUACUUUGUCCUGUGCAUUUAGCAUCUCUAGAAACUUGAAACACAUUCUUUGUCCUAUGGUAUACAUUUAUAUCUUUAUUGUUUGUAUAGACCCUUAUUCUUGCUCUCCCAGAAUUGUUUUUGUUGACUAAAAUUAAGCCAAUGCAUGAGAAUUUGCAGAAGUGGGCUGUUAUGCAUCAAAUAGGAUUUUUCAACCAGAAUCUUGAAAGAAGGAAACAAACGAAAUAUUCAACAGUCAAUUCACUUCAGCUGUAUGCCAAGAUGUCACUUGCUUGUCAUCUUUUUGUUCUGACAAAAUUAUUUUAGUACACAUCUUCUGACUGCUGCAUUGAGUAACUUCUUCACUGUUUAUGCGUUUAGUAACUGCUAUGCUGUUUAUGAAUAGUCUGAAAUUCUUACAUUUUCCAUCCACAAGCAUUUACACAUUGCUUUUUAGCACUAAUACUGUCCAUAGAUUUUUUGUUACCUUUUUUAUCCCUCUACAACGUAGGUAUAGUUAACAUUAUGCAGAUCUGUGUAAUUAAAUUUUAAAAUAAAAAUAAAUGCUUUACAUUUCAAAGACAAAUGGCUAUUACAGAAGAAGAAAACAUUAUUGUUCUAAUACAGGUUCAGGCUCUCUGCUAAGUGAGUAGUUCAGGUAGGGUUUUCAUAUGUCCAGAUUUUCCCAGACACCACUGCUUUUUCAGGGGUAAAAUUUCAUUUGCAAAAAUGUCUGGGGUUUUUUUUUAAAAAAAAGAAGAGGAGAAAGGCAGCACCCAAAUCAAAUAUGGUAACCAUGAAGUUGCCCCUGCAAGAGAAAACUCUGGUUCCCUCUUUUGGGAAGCUUGGCAAUGGCUGGCUCACCUCUGGCAGGGUGCAGGUACUCCUAGCAAAUCAGCUCCUAAGUACGGCCGUGGGCCCCGAGCAAGCAGUCUGCUUCAGGGCCCCUCCAGGAAACCAGACACACUGUGUUUAAUGUAUCAAAUUGUGGCAGGUCACAUGAGGUCCUGGAGAAGGGGUUGAGCAGCACCACAGCAGUAGCCACUGAGAGUGGACCAAGCAAGGCAGUGAGAGGCUGGUGGUGGCUGCAGUGGAGAUCCAGUGGAGGGAAGGGGAGAGGAGCAAGGCUGAGGCAGUAGUUCCCUCCGGAUUGGACUCCCGAUUUCCCCCCUCCUUCCUUCUUUUCCUCCCCUCCCCUUUCUACCACAUCACCCUGUUGGGUUGAAAUCACGACAGACGAGUGGUAGGUGUCAUAUGAGAGGCGUCUGCCGGGGCAAGCCCCGGGAACGCUAAAGAAUUAAUGUUCAUACGAUUCCAUACAGCCAAUCCAGGGACUCCUAAGAGAGAAACAGCUAAAGAGAUAUAUUCAGACCUACUGAGAAGAGAGACAAAAGCAUCACAAUCAUUAGUCAAUUCAAUAUUGCGGUGGUAUCGAGAGCGGGAUAAUGAUGCUUCUUGGGUAAAAUGAUGGACAAACGGCUUAAACAGCAAGGUGUGCCAUGGCUGAUGUAUUGUCACAUGGUAGGGGAAUUCAGCAUUCCUUGUGGUAGGACUUUCCAUUGGUACCGUUCCGUGGGCUGACUGUUAUUUAACACAGGAACAGUAAAAGCAAAGAAUUUACGAUCUUUCUCCUGUAGGGGGAUGGAGAAAAAAACAGUCUUGCAAAUCUAUUAUAGCCAAUUGAUAAGAAUGUGGAAUCAUAUUUGGAUUAGGCAGACCACACUGCAAAGGCCCCAUGGGUUCAAGGAUUUGGUUUAUUUUCCUUAAAUCCUGGAGAAAUCUCCAUUUGCCACUCUUCUUUUUUAUGACGAAGAUGGGGGUAUUAUAGGGGCUAACUGAAGGCUCUAUAUGGUCUGCCGAUAAUUGUUGAUUCACUAAUUGUUUUAAAGCAAGUAGCUUUUCUCCCGUUAUGGGCCAUUGUUCCACCCAUACAGGACUGGUAGAUUUACAGCUUAGGGGAAGUGCAAGCUUACUCAUUAGAUUGAAUGGUAGCUUGUAAUUGUUGUAGUAAAUCUCUUCCCCACAAAUUGAGGUGGAUUUUCAGCACACAGGGCUGGAUGUAAGCAAUGGUUUCAGAGCUAUCAGGCAGAGAAACAGGCAGCCACUGUACGCUUUUGGAAGAGGUUUGGGGGCCACCCACACCCCAGACUGCAGAGGCAGACUCAAGGGGCCACGUGGGGACCCAGCAACUACUAGAAAUUACAGAAACGUCUGCGCCUGUGUCAAUCAAGCCUUCCAGCACAAUACCAUUGAUUUUAUACUUACGAAGAAGUUUCUUUUCACCAAUCCUCUGGACUACAGCUAACAGCUGUGGAGGGAAAGAAGAGAGCUCGUGCAAAUUAGUAUCCAUAAUAGAAGCAGUAGGAUGAGAAGGGAGCACCACCAAAUGCGCCCAAGACUCACCCUUUUUUAAUUGCAUGGGCAUAUGGCUCCAGAGUUGAACCAUUAUUGUGCCUACAUAGUCAGAAUCCAGAACCCCAGGAAUAACCUGGAUUCCUUCUUUUGCCGCAGAAAAUUUGGGUAAAAUUAAACCUGCGACUUUAGGAGGCAGUGGGCCUGCCAAUUGAGUGGGCAUAAGAACAAUUUCACCAGGUAAAACAGAGUCUUUGGUCUCUUGAUUGAUCAAAUCAAUGGCAAAUUCAGAGGGUGUAUUUUUAGAAAAGUUUGCAGCAGCGGAAAUUAAAGGUGGAAAACUCUCUAAUUGCCCUGGCCCGAGAGUGGGGCCGCAAUGGAGUUUCCCGGACUCCUGCAUUGAUUAGCCCAAUGAUAGCCUUUUCCACAUUUCGGGCAUUUUUUGGAAGGUUUAGUAGCUUGGAUUGCGCAUGGCUCUGGCUACCGACAUCCGCACAAGCUUGAAUCAUAUCGGCCAGGUCAUAUUUAGGGCGAUGUAUGAUUGACUGCAAUGCUUUCUUGCAAUCGGUGUUUGCGUUUUCAAAGGCCAAUUUUUUCAUUAAUUCAUUUUGAGCUGUAGUGUUAUCAAUCUGCCUAGUGACUGAUUCUUUCAAUCUAUCUAUAAACUGAUGGUAUGGCUCCGAAUGCUGUUGCUUAAUAUUAACAAAGGAGCUCAGCGGUUGCCCUGAAACAGGGACUUUCCGAAAGGCGCGUUGUACACAGGUCGCGGUGCGACUAAAAUGUACAGGUGUCAGCGUUGCCUGGGCAGUUAUAUCAGCAUACUGACCAGCGCCAUAAAGUUCAUUGGCAGUAUGCUGCGGAUCAGACAGGGCUGAUGCGCUAUGUUUAAAUUCACUCUCAAACACCACAUACUGAGCUGGGGAUAAAAGCAUGCGCAUCAGGUCUUUCCAGUCUUGAGGUAGCAUAAUGUAACCAGUUGCUAUGCCUUCUAGCAUUCCUGUCACAUAAGAGGAUUUUAGACCAGAAUCAGCAAUGGCUUUCCUUAAUUCUCUCAUUACAGAAUAAGGAAGUGCCUCAUAAAAAACCUGCUGUUGAGCAGUUCCAGGGUUUGAAUAGGUGAUAGGGAAAGCAGACGGCAUUUCACCUGGCCACUCAGACUCCUCCUCUAAGGACAGGAGCCCUUUCUGCCUGGCCAAAGAAAGCGCAGCGAGCACAGCUCCUAUAGAGCAAACAGGGGCUGUGGCAGGAGGAGGAGGGAUGGGGGGGAGGAUGCAGGCUGAGGUGGAGGGAUGGGGGGGAGGAUGCAGGCUGAGGAGGCUGAGACGCAGGGAGGGAUUGGCUGGGCUGCAAAGGAAAAGGAGGCAAAAGCUUUGGGUAAGGUGGGGGAUUGUCUGCGAUGGCUAGAAGGGGAGACGCCGAGGGAGACACCUUGGGUCCCAAUAAUUUAGCAACGGCGUCUGCACAUUUCUGCCAAGUGAGCAGACAAUGAAUCGGAGCCCUAGGUUCUGUAAAAAGGGUCUUUCCGAUCUUUUGCCAAGUCCCUACCUCUAAGGAACCAGCCUCAGGAUAAAAGGGACAUUGGCAAUUAAUCUCACAUAGCAAUUGUUCAAUUUCUUUUAAGGAAAUAUUAACACCCACCGCUCGCUGUCUAACUAAAUAAAGCAAUUCUUUAGCAUGCUCUUUCUGGAAUUUAGUCAAUUCCCCUCCCAUACUCACGAAGUAGCGCGCUGAGACUUUUCCAGUCGAGUGAAGUAUGAGGGCUGGCUGCGUAAGGGAUCUGGCACGUCGGGGUCACCAGAUGUUGGGUUGAAAUCACGACAGACGAGUGGUAGGUGUCAUAUGAGAGGCGUCUGCCGGGGCAAGCCCCGGGAACUCUCUUUUAUUGAAUAUUACAAACAUUGCCACAGGUGUGCUUGUGGCUGAUUGGUUGAUACAAACACAAAGCAUCAUGUUGCUGAUUGGUUAACAUAGGUACAAGGCGGGAAUUACAUAUAACAUCAAUCACUGAUAGAUCAAAGGCUGAGAAUCGGAGCUGGAACUAGACAGGCAUGAAACCUCCUAAUUAAAUUAUAACUAAAGAUUGAUAUUGAGAGAACAUAACAUGAAGGAAUACAACAAUCACGUUCCGUAGAUGUGGUCAGCAAUGCAUUAAGAACAGGUCAGGAUACACUGUUUCAUGAACUCAAUGGGAACUGUUCUGAACAUUCUCAGACUUAUGUGCAGAGGCAAAAACUUCCCAGCAUACAAGAGAAAAGAAGCAAUAGUUCUCAUAGUCCCAUAAUGCCACAGUUAUGUGCAGUAAGAGAACUGCAGAAAGAAAACUUCCCUUCAUCACCCAGUUUACAUGAUCCAGAACUCCUACAUUAUUCCCUGCCUUUGUUCUGCAUGAUAGCAUGGCGAUAAUACACCUCUCCUGAUUUUUGUGGUGUCUUUUUCUCUUUGUUUGAAAUCGUGGGUCUAUUCUAUGGGGUUUUUUUUAUUCUCUUGCGUGUGGCAAAGGUGAAAGAUUGUCUGAUCCAGUGGUCUGUUAGUUAAUUCUUGUUUGUGACUGAGGGAGCAUUAGAAAGAGGUGUGGAAGAUAGAGGGGUAUGUGUAGAUAUAUAUCUCUAUAUCACACACAGAGAGUUUUAAAAAUUGCAAUCUGUAGUAAAAAGUAGAAAUUGGCAAAUGUGUCCCCUUUUUUGCUCUUCAAAAUAUGGCAACCCUAAUUAAGGAGUUAUUCACUAUAUUUUUGAAAAAAUAACUUUUUCUGCAGUGGUGGCACUAUCCUUUCUACCUGCAUAUAUUGGAGGGGAUCUUUAAAAGGCAUAAUGUAGCCCAGUGUUUCUCAACCUUUUCCUGACCAUGGCCUCCUUCCAACUUUGUUUCCUUCCUGUGGCCCCCCUGUCCUACUGCUCGAAAGGUAGCUAUUUAAAUGUCUUUUUUUUUUUGUAAAUAGAACGUUUUAUAAUUUAUACAAAAUAUAAUUACAUAAAAAUGUAUUUCUUGAUCAAUGUGACCCUUGUGCUUGAUGACCAGAAACAAGCUUUUUCACAUCUGGUUCUAUUGUUGUGAGGGAUAACUGAAGAUCACCUCUGUCCGUUACGUUAAGGCGAUUCCAUGUUAGGCUGAGUAAAUAAUUCACACGACUGAAACCUCAUUCUGCCAAAUACAGAGUAGGAAAUGACAUGAAAAACAAUUUUGCUUUAUCUCAAAGCUGUGUAAACUUUUUAGAUAUUGUAUCCUUUAUCCCAAAAUGGUGUUUUUCUUGACUGAAAUUUACUUUGGCUGCUAUGUCACUCUGUAGCUCUAUGACAGCAGCAUUCACAGCAAAUGGAUCAACUACCCAGGCCGGAAUAUCCAUGUCCAGCAGAUCAUGCAAACAAACUUCCUUAUCAUUAUAAAGCUGCUUCAAAUGAUUCACAUACACAAUUAUUUCAUCCUCUUUCAAUUCAUCACUAACUGCUGCCAAAGAGGAAAACUGCAAAUUCUCGACAUCCAAUUGAUGGUAUACAGUUUGACUUUUCCAAGAAAGCCUGUAAUAAUCUCCUUGCUUGAAAAAAGGUCACAAUUCCUGCCCUGUAGUUCUUUGUUCAACAAACUGAGCUUUUCAGAGACAUCAAACAGGUAAAAUAUAUUACAUUUAACAGAGGUCAUAUUUUCUUGCCUCUGAAAAAUGUCACAACUGAGUCCCACAAAGCACCAAAACGACAGCCAACAGACUUCUGUAUGCAAUAAUAAGCAUGUGAAGCAUGUGAAUAAUAAGCAUGUCAUUGUCCUCACAAAGCUGUCAAAACAGACACUCUGUCUUGCAAAUAUCUAACAUAAGCAUUGCUGUGUUAUCUGGUAAACACAAUUCAUCAAUUUGCAAAGCAAACUUCUGAACUUUUAACUACGAGACUGCAGUCAUACCUCGGGUUCAAUCAGGUUGAGCGCGUUUGGGUUGCGCUCCUCGGCAACCCGGAAGUAACUGAGUGCGUUACUUCCGGGUUUCACCGCUCGCGCAUGUGCAGACGCUCAAAAUGACGUCAUGCACGGAAGCGGCAAAACGCGACCCGCGCACGCGCAGACGUGCCAUCACGUCUUACGUUCCAUUCAGGAUGGAAGCGGGGCUCCGGAACGGAUCCCGUUAGCAUCCCGAGGUACCACUGUAGCCGGUUUUCAACAUCUGUCAUUUUGUCAAUAUGCCUCGACACUGAUGUCUUGCUCAAAGGGAUGGAUUUGAUUGCCCUAUAGUGUGUGGCUGUCAAUUUGAAUAUAUCAUAAAAUGCAAUUAAACCUUUUGUCAUUUAAAACAGAUUUCUGAACAAACAUUUUCAAAUUUAUCUCGUGACGCUCAAAAAUAUUCCAGUGGUUUAUCCUACUUGUUUUUAUGAGAAGUUUAAAAAUGUUUCUGCAACUUACAUGGACACAUAUUCUCAUUGGAAAGUGUCAUCAUACAUAUCAAACGCAUAGGUCUUGUGUGGUCUUGUGGUGACAGAAUAAAUCCGUAGCCAAGAUACUUGACUGAUACAGAUGAAGACUAAUUUUACAUAUGUUUGCAACUACAAAAUUGAGAUCACUUCUCAGAAAUAAAACAGCGUUAGAACAUCUGAACAAAAACAAAUGAAAAAUUAUGUCUGAUACCAAUAGAUCUUUACAAUGAGAAGCAACUGAACACAGCAACUGCGAAAGAAAUGGUAAACACAACUGCUAAAAAUACCUGAAGAUUACAUGCAGUGCUCUUGCAUACAUCAACAUGCAGUACCUCCUUUCGCAGCAAUACUUACACGAAGAAACAGCACCCCACACACUAACACUGUUGCAGCCACACACCUUGCCCAUGACAAAUGAGAUGCGGGCAGCUUGGUGCUUGCAGUGGUGGAAGUGGGAGGGAGAAGGAAGCCGAAGGAACAUUGCCGCAGAUUCUGCAUGGCGAUCCAUCCACUGGGAAGCAUGGUCACUUCUCUGUUCACUCUACUUCUCUGUUUUCUUUUAUUGGUCACUUCUCUGUUUUCUUCACUUCUCACUUCUCUAUGUGGCCCCCUAGUCUCAUGCUGUGCCCCCUCCAUUUAUGUGAUUUUCACCUGUGGCCCCCUUGGAAUAUUCUGGGGGCCCCCAGGAGGCCAUUUGGCCCCCAGUUGAGAAACACUGAUGUAGCCUGUUCUCUAAAUGUUAAUCCAGUUGAUUUGGUUUUCUCCAGGUUCUCAGCAUUCAGGCUAUUUGUAUUCUGAUCAGUAUUGUAACCUUCUGUGAGCUAGCAGAAGAAAAGGGCUCUCAUUAUGCUUUAUGCCAACUUCCCUCAACCUUGGGCCCAGAUGUUAGAUGCUCAGUAGAGCAUGAGGCUCUUAAUCUCAUGGUCAUGGAUGGGUUCAUGUCCCAGGUUGGGCAAAACAUUCCUGCAUUGCAGGGGGUUGGACUAGAUGGCCCUCAUGGUCCCUUCUGACUCUACAGUUUUAUGAUUCUGUCCCUGACCAUUGGUUAUGGUGGCUGGGGAUGAUGGAUGUUGUAGGCCAACAACUUCUGGGGACCAACAGUUGGGGAAGGCUACUGUAUGCCAUGGGGUUGCUCUCGCACACAUGCAGGUUGCAUAAGCAGGAGGGAUGGAUUUUUAAAGAAACACCUUCCAGUCAGUCACAGAAGCUUAAUUUUGCAAUGGUUAACAGUAGCAGUACUGAUAUAUAAAUAUUUUUAAUGUGCUUAGCAUUUUUAAUUCUAUAUAGUUCUGUUUAGUUCUGUUUUCAAUAGCUCCAGCAGUGUUCUGACUCAUUCACAAACUUCUGAAAUACAAGUUUCAUCAGUGACACCAAAUACUGCUGCAGUUUUAGCAGGUAUUGUUAAAUAACAUCCAGCACAGGCAAAAUGAGCACACAUCCAGCACAGGCAAUAUGAGCACACAUAAAACAAAUAUGCAUUAUUAUGUUUAAGUAUUAUAUAUUAUUAGCAUUAUAUAUUAUUAGUACAUGUUGAAUGUAGUUUUCUUUAACUUGGGAAAUUAUAUGUGAAAAUUUCCUGGAAGAAUUAAUUGCUACAAAGGAGUUUUUUGGUUUUUUUAAAAAUAUUUAUUAAGAAUUUUAAAAUUACAAGAAAAACAAAGAGAAAAAGAAGGAAAAACAAAAACAAAAACAAAAGAAAAACAAACCACAAUCAAACAAUACAAAUUGAUAAAAAACAAAAUCAAAAAACAACAACAAAACAUGUAACACAUCACAAUCAAAAAGCAAAAAUAAACCACAAAAAUUUAAAAACAAAUCCAAUAUUCCCAAAUCCUUAACUGUCAUUACCUUAUUUCAUCGACCUCCUCACUCCUCCCUUUUUUGUAUUCUAGUUGUUAAUUAUCACAGCAAAUCCUUUCCAUUUUUCAUAGUAUUCUGUCAUUAAAUUACCUUAAUCUAUUUUAACCUUAUCUUACUAUAAAAGACCCUAAAACUUAAAACUUAGAUCUUAUUUAUACCAAUUUAUCAUAACCAUAACAUAUUCUUACAUAAUUCUUUUAACAUUUCUGCUAAAGCCAAAUAAUUUUGUUCCAACGUUUUUCUAACAUUCAUCAAUUUUAUAAAACAAUCCUAAUAAAGUUUUUUAAAACUUUCUUCCAAUCUUCAUCCAACGUCUCUUCCUCCUGGUCCCGGGUUUUGUCAGUCCUUUCUAUCCCGUCCAUCUAGCUCAUUAACCUGGUAAUCUUAUGUCCGAGGCCCUUAAGUCUCUUCCAUGUCCCUUCCGCAGAUCUUCUUCAUAUUUAUACCUGUACUUUACUUUGUCUCCUGCUCCUUUCACUCGUGGAAACUCCAACUUGGCAGUAUUUUUGUCCCUUCUCGACAAAUCAGCCCCUUUUCCAUAGUCCACACUAAACUCCAUGUGGUAUUUUAAAACAUGUUUCAAAGUCUCUCCAGAGUUAAGAACCCCCACAACCCCAAACAUCUAACGGCCCAUUGCCAGACUUGAAAAGUCAAAACAUCCCUGCAUAGGGGGGUCUAUCCAACCCCCCAUUUCCAAACCAAACAAAACUCUAUCUCUCCAAAUCUGGCUUUUUCCAAGUUCAUUUGUCAGAUCCAACAACUCAUGUUCCUCCUGGGCCUCAGCUCCCUCCAUCUCUGCCACCCGAGGUCCAGCAACAUCCUCCUCCCUCAUCUGAUCUGUCAGAGCACACUCAUGAGUUGAUUCCUGGGUGGGUUCUAAAUAGUUUCCCACUACCUGUCCAAAAUUUCUGAUCGCAACAGUCAUCAAGUCCGUCUUCUCAUGUAACUGUUCCAAUAAGGCACUUGUUUUGCAGAAAGCAUGCACCAGAGCUUCUGAAUACAUUGUUAUGCAAGGUCAGAAGUCUGUUCCCACGAUCUUAAUCUGUUGCAGCUGCAGAGCUCCCCGGUUCCAAUUUAGUAACAGUAUCGCAGGCUCCCUCUAGGGGAAGAACUUCUAUUUGUAUCCAUCUCUUUUCUUUUUUUUUCUUUUAAAAGCAGAUCUAACAACAAAGUUUCCUUUUUCAGAUAUUUUGUCAGUAUUUGUUCCUUUAAAAUGUGAAGGAGAGCAAUGGAAUCACUAUGUUUCUCUUCUUUUAACUGUCUGUCAAAGACGUUUGUCUAUAGUCAAUGAACUUCCCAAAAACGUCUGUCCUGACACCCCGCUCCCAGGUUCAAGACGGUGGAAAAUUACUUUUCUUUACACUCUCCUCUGCAGGUUUAAACAGUCCGGAAAAAAUCCCCCCUCUUCUCCUGCUUCCGAAGGGGGUUCAACAAUUUUAGAUGAUGAAAGUUAAUCCUUUACAAAUGUUUUUCUGAACUCUAGUUUGCCAUGUCUUUGCUUUAAUCUAUCUACAAGAAACGGAAGGCUGACUUCCUGUUUAGACCUUCCCGUUUCAGUGCCAAAUUAAGAAGAAUUUCUUAGUCCAAUUUUCCUUUCUACUCACAAGUCGUUGUUUAAAGUCCAAUUGUCCGAAAUUAAGCUACUCACGGGUAGUUGUUUUAGUAGCCAAAUUGUCCCAGGAAAAAGGCAGCGCUCUCCGGCAACGGCUGUGCGGCUUCGCUCCACGGAAGAAGCAGUUGACUCUCAGCACCACGCCACUUGCCCCUCUUUGCUCCGGAGCCCGUAACUGGGUUCCUUUACGAGUUGGGGGGGGGCGCGAAAGGUGCCCGCCGAGUCCCAUGGUCACAGGCUUCAUCCGCCUGUGAUUUUUCAAAGGGUCCCCGCUUCGCUGUAGCGGGAAAGACCCGUUUUCCGUGGAGCCAGUCCCUCCGGAUCAGAGGGAAUCCGCCAUUACCGAUGGCGCCACCCCGGAAGUUCGAUGGCGCCACCCCGGAAGUCUACAAAGGAGUUUGACCUCUUGCUGACCAGUUGCAGAGCGGUAUCAUCUUGGGCAUUUAAUUCCAAGUUCCAACAAAGUAAAUUAUGCUAAAUUUUGUUAAAGCACUUGGACUAGAUGAUAUUGCUGAUUUUGUGAAAGGGUUGCUUGUGAGUUCAGAAUUAAGCCCAUUAUAGAUGUAAUGUUCUGAAUCUCUUAAAUCAUGGUUAAGAGAUCAGGAGUGGGCUCAUAUGACACACACUUCCCUCCCUUCUCCUGCUCCUCCACUGUAAGGCUAACUAAGGUUAGGACUUGUAUUGGCACCAACCUUAAGCAUAGUUUACAUUUAAACAAGAUAUAGGGUGAUACUCAGUGCUAGUCCUACUCAUAGUAGACCCAUUGAAGUGAAUUGACAUAACUAGCUUUUGAUUAGGACUUAGUUGAAUACAGGUGAAACUCGAAAAAUUAGAAUAUCGUGGAAAAGUUCAUUUAUUUCAAUAAUUUAACUUAAAAGGUGAAACUAAUAUAUGAGAUAUAUAUGAGAUAGACUCAUGACAUGCAAAGUGAGAUAUGUCAAGCCUUUAUUUGUUAUAAUUGUGAUGAUCAUGGCGUACAGCUGAUGAAAACCCCAAAUUAACAAUCUCAGAAAAUUAGAAUGUUAAAUGAAAUCAGCAAAACAAGGACUGCAAAUAGAGCGAUAUUGGACCUCUGAGAAGUAGAAGCAUGCAUAUGUACUCAGUACUUGGUUGGGCCCCUUUUGCAUCAAUUACUGCCUCAAUGCAGCGUGGCAUGGAUGCUAUCAGCCUGUUGCACUUCUAAUUUUUCGAGUUUCACCUGUACAACUCAUACUGAUCAAUUCUCUAGUUAAGAAAAAGCCCUCAGUCCUAUCCAUGGUUAAAUCUAGUUUGACAUAAACUUAACUAUGAGGAAGGGUAAGAUGCAGGGUUUGAAUGUACCAUCCUGCUCUGAUCUAUGAAAUUCUAAGUGUUACAUCUCUCCUGGUUCUUACAGGGUGACUCACUAACAUUUUACACUGUUGUUCUGUUACCCUUUCAUCUUUUGGAAUGCUAUACAGGCAUUUCCCUACUUGCGUGUGAAGAGCAUGUGUUCUCCCGCUGACACACAUACCAAAAGGGGGUGAGGCAGGAGUGGAACGGGGGAAUCCCCACUCAUGCACAUCCUGGUGACGUGCAGCGGCCCAAACCGGAACCCCCACAUAAGUGGUGAUUCUCCUGUACCCUUCAAAGAGAUUCUCAUCUUAGCAGUGUUUGGUAUUUUGAAGAUCUUGCAAAGAUAAAUACAUACAAUGAUAAUUUCUUUUUUAAAAAAUUGGUAACAUGAACAAACCUACCAUUUAAUACUAUAUAACUGUAUUUGAAGGGGGAGGGAAGAGUAUCAAUACAAAAACAAAGUAUCUUGACUUAUUUAGUUGUUUAAUCAGACAUUAUAAUGUAACAGAAAUGUUUCUACACUGCACUUCAUCGUUUUUAUGCUGAAAUUAACUACAUUGACUUAUUAAAACAGUAAAACAAAAAAUUAAAACAAAUCUCUUCAUAUUAUGUGUAAUCUUCACAAAAUAAACAAGAACAAGGUGAUUGGUCUGUGCACCAGCUUUAUAUUACCAGUCAUAUUAGGUUUUGCACAAAUGAGCUAAGAACAAUGGACCAACAUUGCUAACACUUCUUGCUUCCUUCUAACUGGUUUUGUUUUGUUUUUAUAGUGGAUGAUGUUGGGGAAAAGCUCGACCAUAUUGGAAACACACCAUUAAAAAUCAACAGUGAGGUUUCACAUGAAAAUGUAUCUAAAGAUGAUGGUUUUGGUUCUGAAGUUAUUAAAGUUUACAUAUUUAAAGCUGAAGCUGAGGAUGAUGUGGAAAUAGGUAUGUAUCCCAGCUUCUGUUAUUGCUAGUUUCUAGUGUUUGCAAAAAUUAUUAUUAUUUAUUAAUUUUAUAUACCACUCUUCAUCCAAAGAUCACAAGGAGGUUUACAAAAUAACAGUCCAAAAUGAAAACACAAAAUACCUAUCAUCAUCAUAAUAAGAACAACAAAAAUCAAUAACUCAAUAACUCCUGUGUACAAGCACAUGUAAAGGGCCAUAGAUUGUUUAAUCAACCAAAGGCCUGAUUAUAGAAGAAAGUUUUUGCCUGGUGCCUAAAAAUAUGUAGUGAAGUAACCAGGCAAGCCUCUCUGGGAAGAGCAGUAAUCUAGACCAGGCAUAGGCAAACUCGGCCCUCCAGAUUUUUUGGGACUACAAUUCCCAUCAUUCCUAGCUAACAGGACCAGUGUUCAGGGAUGAUGGGAAUUGUAGUCCCAAAAAAUCUGGAGGGCCGAGUUUACCUAUGCUUGAUCUAAACCCUAUCAAGAGCAGGCCACCUCCCAUCCAUGUGGACUAGGGCACCGCCAACAAACAGUGCCUCAGUCUUACCUGGAUGGAGCUUCAGUUUGUUGGCUCUCAUCCAGUUCAUUCCUGAGGCAAGACAACAUUCCAGCACAUCCGUUUCCAUACCUGAAGGUGUAAAGAAGAAGUAGAGCCGUGUUUCUUCAGCAUAUUGCUGACAACGUAUUCCAAAACUGGAUGACCCCACUCAGUGGUUUCAUGUAGAUGUUAAACAGCAUGAGGGAUAAAAUCGAACCCUGAGGAACCCCACAUUGAAGGCUUCACAGCUCUCCCCAAGCAUCACCCUCUGGAAAUGACCAUCCAAGUAGGCCUGGGACCACCACAAAGCAGGGCCGCCCAUCUGUCCUGCACACACCCAGACCAAUGAGGACAAGUGACUGGAAUUUUAUUUCUUUAUUAGCAAAGCACUCAGUUACAUCAGCUCCUAAGGUGCAAGGAUAUGCACACUAUUCCACACUAACUAGCUGGCUAGGCAAUCUACCUCUCCGGCCGGUUCUCUGUCUUGGACAAUUUGAGCAACAGUAUAGCAACUCCCCUUCCUGCUUUCUUAAACUUACUAGUCUGAUGCUGUGCCUGCAAGUACCCAAUGGCUUCUCCUGACUGGCAGCUCCAGCUGCUCCCAUUGCUUUAAGUCUCUCCAUAAGUGUGGAGACAGUAGAUUGGGGGACAGAGGGGAUUCCAAAGGCACAACUGUCUCUGGACCCGUCACAGGCUCUUCAGCUUCUGAUACUUUCUCCAGCUCUUUCCCCACCUCCUUUCACUUGGUCUCUAGCCACCUCUAGCUCCACUCCGGCAGCUGCCCCAUGGGUGGCACAGAACCCCCACAAAUCACUGGCCUCUUCACCUGGAUUUUCAACCUCACCUGACUCUUCUGCUCAUACAUUUCCCCAACUCUCAUGCUCCUGCCCGUCCAUGACACCAACUCAAGAUAGCUGCUCCAGAAGGAUACCAUUGUUGAUGGUAUUGAAAAAGGUCAAGGAGAAUGAACAGUGACACAUUUCUUCCAUCUCUCUCCUGACAGAGGUCAUCAUACAGGGUGACCAAAGCUGUUUCUGUGGCAAAACUGGGCCUAAGCCCCAAUUGAAAUGGAUCUAGAAAAUCAGUUUCCUCCAAGAGUACCUGGAUCUGCUCUGCAAACACCCACUCAAAGAAGGGGAUGUUGGCAACUGGCUGGUAAUUACUUAGAUUUUGCGAAUCCAGAGCGGGUUUCUUGAGGAGUGGUUCAAGCAGGCAGGGACCAUCCACUCUCGCAAGGAGGCAUUAGUCACCUUCCUGGCACAGCCAAAUGUCCCUUCUCUGCUAGUUUCUAUCAGCCAAGAGAGGCAAGGAUCCAGAGCAUAAGUCAUCACCCUGACUGAUCCAAGCAUGCUGUCGACGUCCUCAAACCUUACAACUGAAACUCAUGCAACACAACAAGACUAGACAGUGCUCUGGACACCCCUUGAGAUUCAUCUGCUGUAACAGCAGAGUCAAAGUCCCAUCAGAUCAAAGCAACUUUAUCCUCAAAAUGCUUUGCAAACAAGUCACUGUGAGCUACCAUUAGUUCUGCUUGCUCCUUUGGGCCAGACUAUUGAAGGCCCCGCACUGCCUGGAAAAGCUCUGCCAGAUGGCACAAUGAGGAUGUAAGGGAGGCAGCAAAGUAUGCCUUCUUUGUUGUCUUCACUACCACUAAGUAGGCUUGAUGAUGAACCCUCCCCAGUGUUUGAUUGCAUUUGUUUGGCGUUUUCCUCCACUUGUAUUUAAGCCAUCUCCCAGCUUGGGCUCAUUGCCCUGAGCUCUGGAGUAUACUGGGGAACCAAAUGGGGUCCAUGAAGUGGGAGAGCGUGCUCAGAGGCGAUCAAGUCAAUAGCCUGAGCCAUUUGGAUAUUCCACAAGUCAGCGAGGGCUUCGACAGGAGUCAUAGCAGCAUGGAAACCCAAGGCUGUCUGGAAGUCAAUUGGAUCCAUCAGUCUCCAAAGGUAGACUGUCCUCAUAGGGCCCUUGCCUCUGCAGAGGGGGAAAAGGUGCUGAAAGCCUAAAUCUCAACUGGACGUGAUCUGACCAUGACAAGGGACUGAUGUCAGUAUCCCCCACUCUUAGAUCACUCUGUUUUCUGAGGAAACAAGGUCUAGAGUGUGGCAUUCCACAUGCAUUGGGCUGAUAACAUGUUGUGACAGCCCCAUGGUCAUCAUGACAGCCAUGAAGUCCUGAGCCACCCCAGAGUCCAUUGCCUUGGCAUGGAUGUUGAAGUCUCCCAAAACCAGCAAUCUGGGGGUCCUCAACACUGCUUUUGAGACCAGCUGUGUCAGGGAAACUGCUGGGCAGCAAGGUGUUGUGCUAAACCAGCAGAAUCCCUAAUCUGUCCUGAUUACCCAAUGCCAGGAACAACCACUAUUGUUCCCCACGCAACUGGACAGAGAGCCAGGAGAGAGAGAGAAUUUCUGUAGACCACAGCAAUUCCCGUUUCCUGAUCCUCAAGUCUGCCCUGACACUGCAUUGAGUACCCAGGUGGGCACAGCUGGGUGCAGCCAACUCCGUCCUGCUCACCCACUCAGGUCUCAGUGAUACAGACCAGACUCGCCUGCUCAUUCAUAAUCAGAUCAUGCAUAAGGCAGAUCUUAUUCAGAGCCAAUCUGGCAUUCAACAGCAGCAGCCGCAGAUUUGAGAGCUGUCUGAUAAGAAUACCACAAUUUCCCCAGUUUGGAGGAGGGGUUGGCAUAUGGCACAGUUACUAACUGCCUGUGUCAUGUGCCCCUUCCCCGGCCUGUGCCACCUCCUACACCAUACCUCCCCCUGUCCAGAACUAGUAUGAUUGGGGGGGAGGCCCUUGCUCUCCCCAAGUCCCCUCUUCACAGACAUGUAUUUCUCUUCCUCCUUCCCACACAUUAACAGCAACAACAAAGCCAAGCAAAACAAAUUUUAAAAAGUCAAGCAUAGAAAUAAAAAAAACAUUUUAAAACACUUACAAACACUUAGGGCAAGGCCGCCCCCCCCCCAAGGCAAUGCGGAGGGGGUGGCCUUUGCCCUUGCCCUCCACUGAAGUGGAUCCCACCAGGGCUGCUGUCUACAUUGUGUAAAAUGAAUACUUCCUUGAAAUGGUCUCCUGUUAAACCUCUUGUAUUGUUUUUCAUAAGACAAUCAAAAACAAUUAAAUAACAUAACAAUACUAUGAAAGCUGUGCCCGUAGAUUCCAGAUAGCUUCAGUCAACCCCUGCUUCUUCCUCAGUUAUCUCACUCCACUUUCAGAACUAACUUCUCUCCCCACGCCCUUGUAAAGGCUCUUCUAAGUUAGUUCAUGCCUGCCAUAUGCCCAGGCCAUGGCAAUUUGUCAUGCUACUUACAAAUUAUAAUGCUGUCCCAUCAAGCUAUCUUUUCCCCUAGUGACUUUUGUUGUCUUCUUAUUUCACCAAGCACACAGGAGAGAAAUGAAACAUCUUGCUGUUUCUUUUAAAAUGUUAUUAAAUGAAAAUUAAUUAUUCUCUUCAAGGUGGAACAGAAAUUGUAACAGAGAGUGACUUUCAUAAUGGGCAUUCUGUAGCUGGAGUUCUAGAGCAAGGAGGUGUUGGCAGAGUACAGCGAGAGAAGAUGCUUUAUAUGGCUGUUAAGGAUUCCUCUCAGGAGGAUGAAGAUAUUAGUAAGAAUUUUAUUUUUGUGUUGCUAAGAGAGUAA